AUGGAGCUGCUGCUGGCGAAGGCCAUUUGCAUAUUCACCUUCCUGUGCGUGGCCACGUUCGGCUGCUCCAUCCCCUACCUGAUAGGGCUGCUUGGGAAAAGAAAGAAUGCCGAGCAUGAAGACAAGAUUAAGGGCAUCCUUUCCAAUUUAAAUUGCUUUGGCUCCGGUUUUAUCUUUUCCAUCGUGAUGUUUCACCUCCUCCCAGAGACCAUUAUGAUAGUGAGUUCUCACAAGCACAUUGUAUUGUUUAAUUCAUCCGACCCAGAAAUUAAAACUCUUUUUAUUUUUUUUUUCGUUUUUGUGGGCUUCGCCAUGCAACUCGCCCUGGAGUACGUUCUCCCGGUGGACGGCAACAUGUGCUGUGUGGUCAAUGAUAACGUCAAGUCGAUGCUGGACGAUAACUUUGCCAAAAACAAGCCCAAGAGUAAAAAGGGCGAGGCCGUCAACAUCGAGAUGCACAACGUGACGGUGAACGAGCACCAGUACCACCACGCGUGCGACAGCGAGAACUUCAAGAAGAAGCAGAACAUCGUGAAGUUCCUCCACGUGCUGACUCUGCAGUCGUUUUUUCUGACCAUAUCGCUGGCGGUGCACUCCUGCAUCGAGGGAAUGAUCGUCGGGACGUCAGACGACGUUAACUUCGUCUUCAUAAACUCCUUUUGCAUUCUAUCUCACAAGUGGAUCGCGGGGGUGACGGUCGCCCUCUCGCUGAACCAGAACAACAUAAGCAAAAACCUGAAGAUCAUCCUGCUGAUCAUUUUCAUCUUCUCCUCCCCGCUGGGGAUCAUCAUCGGCCACCUCAUAAAAUCUUCGGGCGAGAAGGUCACGUGCGUGAUUAACGCGAUUUCCAUCGGGACGCUGCUCUUCAUCGGAUGCGAGAUUUUGCUGAACGAAAUAAAGCAAAAGUUCAGCCGCAAGAUACGGUUGGCCAAGUGGUUGAGCUUUUGCUCCUCGUGCGUCAUUGCGUUUUGUCUCAUUAUGGUGACGCAGCACUUUGCCCCCCACACGCACGCGCAUAGCCACGAUCACGACCAUGGCCACGGCCAUGACCACCACCACCACGCCCAUUAA